UCUAUUGUCUUUGUAAACGGGUUUGAUGCUUUAUGUUAUACUUAACCCCAAAAUGUAUUGUUUGUUGUAUUAAGUGAUUAGUCCGACAACAAAGUAACGCUAAUAUUCUAACAAAAUAAACCAAGUUUUCAAUAAACUUUAUUCAAAUUGCUAUCAUAAUAUAAAAUUUCUGCCGUUACUUGUGUUAAAUAGUGUAGUGUUUUAAUAUUGUUCCUUAAUAUUCUUCAGUGUAUCUAAUUACAUUUUUUAAACCUUCUAACCUCGUUUUUGGCAAGAUGACUGAAGUAAUUGGUAAUAGAACACAUAACUAUUUGAUAGGUUUUCAAAUUAAAGAAUUAAAUAAACACAAAUUACCUACUUACCGUGACGUUAUUAAUUUAUUUAUGUAUAAACAUUCGACUUUAAAAUUAACUAUACGCGAUAGUACUACCGAAGCUGUCAAUGAAUUAGAGGCUAUGUGGAAUAGAAUUGGAAUUUCUACGACACCGAAACGAAAUAGUAUUCGGAAGCUUGAAAAGUUUUAUGACGAAUACAAAGACAUUAAAAACAGUAUUUUUCCAACAAUAUUUCAGACAAUCAAAAGCACAAAGUUGAAAAUUUUGUUACUCAGCUAAAUAAAUUAUUUGAUAUUGCUGAUAAUAGUGAAGUUAAAAAUAUUUCAAGAAUGUCGUCAAAACGAUAGUAAUAAAUAUUUACCAUUAAUAUCUAAAUUAAACGAUAAUUCAAUUAUAUCUUCUGAUCAAUCAGUUUUGCAGGAUGAACAGGAUGAAACACAAGAUGAUAACAACAAUAUUGAAUUAAAUCUGAGUCAGAAAUUAUCGCAGUUCUCAAUGUCUGGUGAAGAAAGUAGCCAAUCAUCAAAUCAAUCUGAAAAACGACCUUUGUCAGAUUACGAAGAUGAGCUUCCGCAAGCUAAAAGGAAACGUAAGAUUGACGUUAUGACGGAAAUUUUAGUAGCAGUACUGGAUCGUACUAAAACUAGCAAUCGGAGUGCAAUGCAUAUUAUUUCUGCUGUCAUUAUAAGUCUUGGAUUGGAUAUUGACAAUUAUAAUAUUAGCUACACGACUAUUCGUAACGCUCUAUUAAAGUUUCGAAAAACAGUUGCUGGCAAUUUGAAAGAUGGAAUACAGGAAACUGCGAAAAAUCUUAUCGUCCAUUGGGACGGUAAGUUACUUCCGGAACUUUCCAAUCAGCCAACGAAAAAAGUCGAAAGACUUCCUAUUGUUGUUUACGGAAUGAAUGUGGAACAAUUACUCGGUGUACCUGCUUUAGAUGAGUCUACUGGAGCUAAUGAAGCUGAAGUCAUUUUUGAAGCCUUAAACGAGUGGAAUAUUUCUGACAGUAUAGUAGGGAUGUGCUUUGACACUACUAGUGUAAAUACUGGUAAAUUUAAAGUUUAAAUAAAUU